UGCUGUAGUGUGAUGAUCGUGACGAUGCGUAGAGUGAAAACGAUCGGAAAAAGUAGUCGAUAAGUAGAAAUAAAUUAAAAGGAAAAAGAGUACUUAGGAAAAUAUAUAACAAUUACUAGCACCUACUGGUGACGUAUUCAUUGUACACUCGUGGCCUGACAAAUAAUAUCGUGUUAACGACAACUUCAAUAAGUCAUUUAAAUACAAUAGCUAAUGAAAAAACAUAUAAUUGAAUUUAUAAACAUAUAUAUAAAUAAGAGAGUGGUUUCAAAAGUGAUUAACUGAUAUAUUAAAAAAUAAUUUAAAGAUCAGUGCCUAAUUUUUUAUUUUUUAAUACUAAAAAAAAUAUAAUUAUUCGAAUAAUCUGUCCAUUUAUAUUGGAUAGAUUGAAAAAAAAUAGAUAGAUUUUUUUUCUUCACUUCUGCUGUCGUUCAAUCUAUUCAUUACUACUAUUAUUAUAUUUUUUUUGUUUUUAUUGAAAACUACAUCAACGUCAUAAUCACAAUAAUCAGUCGAGUAAAUAUUUCACAUAAAGAAAGUACUCGAAUUGAGUGAGAGUGACAUUUGUUUUAUUGAGUUUAAAAUUAGAAGAACGAAAAUUUAAAGAGCCAAGUUAAAAAACAAUAGACAACUUCAAUCUGAUCUUUAUGUCAUUUUCAACAAUUUUAAUUAAAAUUUAUUUUUAAAUUACCGUAAAAUUGAUAAUAAUUAUGAAACAAUCAUAAAAUAUAUAAAUAAAAUAUUUUUAAAAUCUAAUAAGAUAAUUGACAAUCACAUAUUAAUUAUUAAAAAGGAUUUGAAUAAAUAAAGUAAAACAAUACGCUUAAAAGCACAAAUAAUUUAUAUUUAUAAUUAUAAAAUAACUUCUAUUGAUAAUAAAUAAAUUAUUUAAUUGUUGAAUAAUAAAUUUAAGAAUAAAGAUAGAAUAACGAUUAUAAAGAAGUAUUUAUAUACUUAUAUAUUUGAAAAAAAAAUAGAAAUAUAUUUACAAGCACUUAGACAUAACAGUGGUAUUGGACGCACUCGUCAAAGUGCCGGACAAGUUGUCGGAAGUAUUUGGGGAUGUAUUGGAGUUAGCAUGCGGCGGAGGAGGCGGAAGUGGAGGCGGGGGAGAUAAAAAUACUAGCAAUAGUGCUGGGAGUAGAAUAGGGAUGGUUACAGGGGUGGCAAUUAUCCGGGAUCGUUGGGUGCAGAGGGGCACUCGUUCACCCCUUUCUUCAGUUACAACAACUGACAGCGCUGACAGCACCACCUCCAGCUCAGAGGAAUUCAACGUUGCAAAGGAACAUCACGCAAUCCAACCCUCAUCGUCAACCAUUGGCACUGAAGGCCCAGGCUUACCACACCAAAGUCGAAGUUACCCAACCAGCGGAUCAUCAGUUCAAGGUCCGGGAGGUCGAGUUCUCGUUAGGAACCCAUCUGUGAGCUCACAAAGCUCUUUAGAAGGUGCGUCCAGUCCAUCAACGCAUCGUGGAUCAUCACCCCAAAUUCGAGCCUUUGGACCUGAUGGUCGACAUCAUCAUGAUUUAGUUCACGCAUCAUCUUCAUAUCCACCCAGUAGAAGUUCCAGGUCACCAUCGCCAGCAAGAGCUUCAUCUUUAGAUGCUCGAUCUGCAAGCCCUGCAAACUGUGCAGGAAGUCUUCAUAGCGGAGUAGCAUCACCAUCACAAAGUUCCUUAUCAUCUUUAGCAACAGUAACAAGUUCAACAGGCGUACUACCAGCAAAACCAGCAAGCCGUUGUCUUUCACCACUCUUGAUUCCACCUCCAAGAACAUCUAUAAGCGAUGGAAGCCCAGCGCCACCAGCAUCUCCACUGGGAUCUCUUCAACCAGAUCUAUAUCAACGUCGCGAUGGUCCACUUUUUCUAAGCGCCCGGAGUAGAACUGGUAAAUGUAUGGGUCGCCUUCAUUUACGUUUGAGCUACGAUUUUGACAAAUCAGAUCUACAUGUUCAUCUAAUUGAAGCUCAUGAUCUUGCUGGAAGCGAUCAAGGAGGAUUUAAUGAUCCUUUCGUUAAGCUUACUCUCAGUCCGGAAGUUGACAACAGGAAACGACAGACUCAUAUCCAUAGGAAUGAUCCAAAUCCAUUUUUUGAUCAACAUUUUAGAUUUCCCGUUAGUUAUGAUGAACUUAAGGAAAAAACUCUCGUUCUUCAGGUAUUUGACUAUGAUCGUUAUUCGAGGAAUGAUGUAGUCGGUUCAGUACGGGUUGCAAUGGAAGAACUAGAACUUGUUUCAUCGACCUCUCCUGUAGAAGUCUGGGGUGAGAUCGCUCGAGAAAAGAAAGCGCCCGAGGACAUACAAGAAGUUCUUGUAUCUCUAUCCUAUUUACCAAGUGCUGAAAGACUUACAGUCAUGAUACUCAAAGCGAGAAAUUUAUUUCCGCCGCAGAAAAAAGAAAAUUUGGAUCCAUUCGUGAAGGUCAGUCUGUUGUCUGGUGAUAGAAGAGUCAAAAAAAAGAAGACCGAGGUAAAAAAAGCAACAAGAAGUCCAGUGUGGAAUGAAGCCAUGUCUUUCAAUAUUCCUGCUAGUUCUUUAGCAUCGUCCGCGAUUGAAAUUUGUGUACUGGAUGCCAGUAGUGAAUUGGGUGGUAAUACUAUCGUCGGUUCGUGUAUUGUUGGACCAGCAACUAGUGGAAACCUUGCCGGAAGUGUACCGGAAACGGUCAAUCAAAGCCGAGAACAUUGGACAAGUAUAACUCAAUCACCCAGAAAAGCUAUUGCCAUGUGGCAUGUACUACAUUAACUUUAUUGUAUUUAAUUAUUAUUGGGAUAUAUUUAAUACGAAUUACUUAUUUCAAAUUUAUCAUUGCGAGUACAUAUUACACUGUAAAAAAUUAACGGAGUGAACGCGGAUUAAAUCCGAAGUGAAUGCGGAGCGGAUGACUUUGUAUUUAUUUAAUCCCCUCGGAAUUAAAGUCACUCUGAAAAGGACUUUAUUUUAAUAUGGAAACUCCGAUCCGAAGUGAAAUUAAUUUCUAAAGGGGGUUUAUUUUAAUAUUAAAACUCCGAAAUCACUCCGCUGCAAAAAUAAACUCCCUAUUUACUCCAAAUGCGGAGUGAUUUUUUUUUACUCCGGAACUCCGAGUGACGGAAUGAAUUUGGAUUUAAAUAAAAUCCGUAAUCACUCUGAAUUCACUCCCGAUGUUUUACAGUGUAUUAUAGAUCUAUAUAUGAGGAAAAAAAAUGGAUAUAACUUAUAACCUGAUGUCGGUUGCACAAGAUUGAUACAAUCAGCCACGUUGUACUUAAUAUCACUUUUUUUAAUAAUUACGUUUAAAAUCGAUAAAGCAUUUUACAAUAAUUAUUUUAAGGCAAUUAGGGUCAAUUUAACCAGUUUAUAAUAAAGAUAGAAACUGAUUGAACUUGGUAUUGAUAGUAAGUAAUCAUGAAGAAGAAAUCAAUAGUUAUAAAUAUAUCAAUUCAAACUGUUAAAAAUAAAAUGGCCAAAGAAUUUAUGCUCCAAAAAAAUAGUUAUAUUUAUUAAUCUUUUAAUUAUAUCAAUGAAAUUUUUUAAAUGAAUAAUUAUAAUUAUAUAAAAUUUAUUGAUUGUUUUUUUUUUAGAUUAAAAUCUAGUUACUUCAAUUUUAUUUAUUACAAGCAACGUAACUAUCUCAUUAUUGUUCAUUUUAUUUUCAACACGUGGUCUUGGAAGCAACCACACAGGUCCAUUAUUUCAUUACGAAAAAGGUACAAAAGAAGUAUAUUUAAAAAAAAAUUAUUACAUCCGUUAAGUAUCUAAAGUGUUAUGAAAUGGAAUUGAAAUAUUUGAUUGGUAACUAUUUUUUUUGUUUUUUAUGCAUGAAAAAAUUAAUUUAAGAGAAAAAAGCAGGCCAUUUGAAAGAAAAUAAUUUAAAAAAAACUUUUACUAAAACUUUAAAAUACUUAAUGAAAUAAUUGGAAUGAAUUUAAAAUUUUAAAUCUACAUAUAAAUAUAUAUUUGGCCUAAAUGGAAUAAGCCACGCUUAUAUUGUUAUAAAAAAAAAUUAUAAAUUUUCACAAUAAAAAUAAUAAUAUAGUAUCAAGAAUAAUAAUAAUAAUAGUAAUAAUAAUUAAAUAAUAAUAAUAAUAUAAGCAAAGCAACGCAAAAAUGCAUAAUCUAUAUAAAUUAAAUAAAUAUAUAUAUAAGGGUGCGUCAUUUCAAUGCAACAUUUUUUUUUUUAAGUGAUUGUGGAAAAAAUCAGCUCACCACAAAAGAAAAAUUUUCGCGCAAGAAAAAAUUUUUGUCUCGAUUACAACUCUGGCUCAUUGAAAAAUUCGAUUUUCCGUUUAAAUAAUAAGGGAAAAUUUUGUUUCCAAUUUAUGACUUUUUCUAACUCGUUAACAGAUGUAUGGAUCGAAUAGACUGAUACAUAUUUUUUUUAAAAAUUGAAUACUCUACAAAAAGGACUCUUAUCAUUAUUUGAUAAAUCUAACCCGUUCAUAAGUAUUUUCAAGUUAAGUCUUAAGGUACAAAAAAUUUCGAUAUUAUUUGACUUUUUUGGAGAAACUAUUGUUAGACAUAUCAAAAUGUCACAGAACCUUUUUUGUAGACCAUUUCAUCUCCUUCAAAUUAUCUCUUAAAAUUUUUUCGAAAUUCCGAUACGCUCUUUAGUUAUUUGCAUUUAUACAUCAUAAAAUCGUAAAAAUAAAAAUUGUAAAUUUUUUUAUUUAUGAUUGCCAAAUCAUCGAAAAAAAUUCAUGUACUUAUCAAAGAGGCAAUCGCAGAUUGAUAUUACUUACUUUCGCUUCGAAAUAUUUGUUGAAUAACGAGAACAUUUUUAUCAAAGUUCAGUUAAAUAUUUCUAAGCGAUAAUAAAUAAUACCAAUCAGUGAUUGUCUCUUGAACAAGUACAUUAAUUUUUUUCAGUGAUUUGAUUAUCAUAGAGAAAAAACCUUAAGCAAAAAUAUCUGAAAUUUUUUUAUUUUUACAAUCGAUCACAGUCAGAACUUGUUUUUAAAGAAAUUGAUGUUUACAUGCAAAUAAUUAAAGAGCGUAUCGAAAUUUCGAAAAUUUUUAAGAGAUAAUUUGUAGAAAUUGGAAUGAUCUACGAAAAAAGUUCUAUGACAUUUUGCUACAAGUCUGAUAGUUUCGCCAAAAAAAUCAAAUGAUAUCGAAAUUAUUGUAGUUCGAACUUUAACUUGAAAAAACUUAUGAACGAGUAGAUUUAUCAAAUAAUAAUAAGAGACCUUUUAUGUAGAGCGACCAAUUUCUUACACAAAUAUGUAUCAGUCUAUUCGAUCAUAUCUAUUAACGAGUUCGAAAAAGUCAUAGAUUGAAAACAAAAUUUUCUCUGAUUAUUUAAACGGAAAAUCGAAUUUUUCAAUGAGCCAGAGCUGUCGAGAUAAAAUUUAUUUCUUGCGCGAAAAUUUUUCUUUUGUGGCGAUCUGACUUUCCACAAUCACUUCAAAAAAAAAUGUUGCUCUGAAAUGACGCAUCCUAAUAUAUGGAUAUAACUAUGAAUUCAAAUUUUUUUCAUUAAUGCGUAUCGUAAAUAUGAUCAAAUAAAAUGUUAUUAAAGUUAAAAAUUUUAUGAAAAAUAUACUAUUAUUAUAUACAAUAUAUAUAUAAAUCAUAAUAAACAUAAUUAUAUUAAUAACAAAAAUAAAAUGAUUGACUAUGUCUUAAUGAUAAUAUAUAUAUAUUAAUAAUACAAAUGAAACCCAAAACGCUUAAUCAAAUUUUUUAUUGUUUUCACUUUUGAAGAAGCAGUGCGCGAUUAGCUCAGCGUCGUGAAUGCCUCAGCCAUUGAAUUAAACAGUUAAAAUUAAAGUCUGAUUUUUACACAAUCUUGAGGAAAAAAUAAAUGAAAUAAUAAUAAACAAUAAUACUUAUUGAAUAAAUGAAUGAAUAAUUUAUAAAAUAAUAAAACAUAAGAAAUCAUGUGAAAUACUUUUCGACCAAAUUCGACAUGACAUAUCAACAUUGACUUUUUUUUUAUAUUACAAUGUUUUAAAAAUCUAGCUGACUUCCUGAAAACAUUUCAUUAUUUAAAACUAAAAAAAAAGUUUAACUCUAUGAAAUUAAUGUGUAACAAUUUCGUUGUACAUUUAUCACUUAUUAAUUUGAAUUAAAGUAAAGUAUUGUAUCAAUAUCAACACUGAGAUCUAUCUAUUGGAAUUUUUUACUUGAUAAAUGUAUGGUAAUUUAAAAAUAAAAAUUGUAUAUUCAAUUUUCAUUAUUACUAAGUAUUCAAAAAUGUAUUUUGUUUUUACCCAUGCGGCACAAAAAAAAAUUUUGACUUAUUGUUAAAUUUAAGUCGACAAUUACCCAUCAUGUUACCAAUUGUAAACUUAAAUUCAACAAAAUAUUAACUUUUUUUUUACCGCUUGGGUAACAAAUAUAGAAAUUAUUUAUUAAAAUUAAUUCAUCGAAAAAAAAUUAUGAACUCAAUUAUUGAAGGUAAAAAAAUAUUUUAGUAACAAAAUUUAAAUUAUAAACGAGGUAAUACCAAAGUGAUUAAUUAAAACAAACAGAAAAUAAAUCAAAACAACAAGAUAAUUAUUUUUAAAAAUUUAAUGUACUGUUGAAAUAAAUUUAUGAAGAGUAUAAAUAAUCUAACUAAAUCCUCGAUGAGUUAAAUAUAUAUAACUAAAAAAUUUUAAAAAAUGAAAAAUUAUUAAAAAUAAAUCAAAUUUUAAUAAGAAAUAUAGCAUUAUUAAUUAAUUAAUUAUCAAUAAUUGUUGAUUAACUCUAUAUAUUAUAUAACAAAAAUAUAUAUUAAUUUAAUGAAUAAAUAUUAUUCAACAAUUGCUGAAUUGAAAAAAAAAAAAAAAAGUUUAAAUAAAGUAAAAGUAGGGUAGGUGUCAUUCAGACAGACGACUAUUGGAUAGAAUCGUUAUUACGUAUAUUCCGUUUACCUAGAUCCUGCUUACCCAUAGUUUGAUUGCCUAAAAUCCUGAUUCUCAAGUAGGACAGAGACAACCUUAAGAUGUCAUAAAGAUGUCUUUUAAAAGGACAAGACAAGUUUCCUGAAAUAAAAAAGACGUACGGAUGUUGGUCUAAAAGUCAUUAAAAAUUUGUGCACAGAAAAAAAAAAUUUCUUGAAGCAAAAAAUUUUUGCUUGUUCUAAGAAAUUUGUUAGUUGAGUUAUAAAUUAAAAAAUCAUGUGCACAGGGGAUCUAUUCUAAAAGAGUCACUUCUAAUUGGGAUUGUAUAAGUAAUCAAACUCUGGGUAAGCGAGAUCUAGGUAAACGGAAUGUACAUAAUAAUAAUUCUGUCCAAUCAACUUCCGUCUGAAUGACGCCUACCCUAAAAAUAUUAUGUUGGAAAUAAUCGAAUUGUAAAACAAUGCUCAUAUCAGUAAUUCGAGCAAAGUCCGAAUCUUACACUUAUUCAAAAAUAUACCAACAGUAUUUCUGUAAUUCUGUCUAAAAAAUUAUAUACAUAUAUUAUACGCUAUGAAAUAUAUAAAAAAAAGUAUAUCUAUUUAUAUUUAAAGUAUACGUUCUUAUACAAUAAACUGACAAAGAGAAAAAAAAUAAAAUAUUGUUCUAACAGUGAAGUUGAUCUCAACUAGUCCAGUACAUACAAUUACAAAUGCACACGAAAGUACCUAAAAAAAUAAGUUUUAUUAAAAUACAUUAUUCCAUUUACUAUAAGUAUCUUUAUCUAUUUUAAGAAAUAUAAUUAUUCUUUAUGAAUCAAAUAAAUCAAAUGAAAUUUUUAGUUUCUUUGAAAAAUUAUCUUAUAUAUCGAAUCAUCUCCCGUCGAUUUAUAUUAUACUAAGUAUAUAUACUUAUAUAUACAUUGUAUUCUAAAAAUGAUGUAUUACCAAUAUUUUCUUGUUAUGUAUCUUUAAUCAUCAGUUUACAAUAAACUUGAAC